GGUCCACUCAUAACCAUCUUUAUGCUGAUGCCUAGUCUUAAUAGCUGUGUCAAUCCAUGGAUUGUGUUAUUCUUUAAUAAGAAUUUAGUGAAGACGUUGACGGAGACGUUCCGUAGGUGUCGGUGCGCUAAUCGAUGCCAUAAAACGGAAUACAUUAACCAAAUUGAAGAAUACACGUCCAAUUGCGAGGACACCAGAUAUAGCUCUCAGACGGACAUCGAGUUUAUCAACAAUUCAAACAUUUUCGUCAAUAAGAAAAGGAGUGUCGAUCUCAUACACCACAAGCAUCUGCCAAACGGCAAUAGUCAAAGUAAUCACCUCUUGGUUCCGCACAAUAUACUAGUAACCAAUCAUUUGCGAAAACAGAGCCCAAAGAGUGCCAAAAACGGCAAUUUGUCGGUCGAUUGUCGUCGAACCAGAAGAAAGUCUUCGUCUGAAUUAAACUCAAUUCCCAACAAUAAAGCCAUUGAAAUGCAAACCAUUUGCAUUCAAAACGAUUUAUAG